CAGACUGACCCCGGAAGUUCUUUCCUCGCUUCCGGCCACUCAGUGCGGCUAGCUAGCACGCAGAAAGCAGACGCCCCCUUCCCUUUUCGAAAGCCGUCGGUAUGUCGGGCGCGGGUUCCGGGUCGUCGGGCUCCGGGGCCAGCUCGGUGGGCUCGGUGGUGCGGCGCUUCCUGGCCGAGUACAGCAGCGGGACGCCGAGCCGCCUGAAGGUGCUGGACGCCUACCUGCUCUACGUCAUGCUGACGGGGGCGCUGCAGUUCGGUUACUGCCUGGGCGUCGGCACUUUCCCCUUCAACUCCUUCCUCUCGGGCUUCAUCUCCGCCGUCGGGAGCUUCAUCUUGGGCGUUUGCUUGCGGAUUCAAAUCAACCCCCAAAACAAGGGGGAGUUCCAGGGAAUUUCGCCAGAACGGGCCUUUGCUGACUUCCUCUUUGCCAGCACCAUCCUGCAUUUGGUUGUCAUCAACUUUGUAGGCUGAUAAAGGAGACCUGGAGGUCCUGGGCUUGUUUAAUGAAGACCUUCUGCUCCACUGCAUGAGCAGCCAAUGAUACUUGGUGGACUCUAAUAAGAUUCCCAGUGAGAAAAGGGAAGAGGAUUUGAAAGCAUUACGUUGAAAUACCUAGUCACUGCCUUCCACUUCGUGGAUUCCCAAUAAACCUUUUUUGUUACA